AUGCGUGUCCACAGGCCCGGGUGUGCGAUGGGUACGGCAUCGGGGGAGGAGGCGGCUCCCCGUACGGCCAGCCGCAAAGCAACAGGGCUCUGCCGGUCUAUUGAGCCGGCCGUGCGCCAUGCGCUGGUGGCCCUGUCCUCGGCGCAUCGCUAUGAUCAAAGUGACGGGCCAUGGACCAUCCCGGUGACCUAUGGCGACGAGGAUGAACGGUUCUUGCUCCAGCAGUAUAACAAGGCCAUUCACUACUUGCGCACCCGACCGACGCCCGACACCAAGCAGUCGCUCCGGAUGGCUCGAAUUACGUGCAUGAUUUUUGUGACGUUGGAGUCCCUGCGCGGCCAGUACUGCAUGGGCAGUGCCCAUCUACAAUAUGGAAUGAAGCUGCUAGCUGACAUCUUCGCGGGCCGUCGGCGCUCAGUCAUGGCACCGAAAGUCCUGGGCGACGCAGACGACUUUGCCCACAACGCCCCGAUUGACGCCUUUGCUCGGAUGGGUAUCCAGUCGGCCUUUUUCGGCCAUGUGCCCGCCCAGAUGUGUGUCAUGACCCGCGAUCCACAAACUGACACACUCCCGUACCCAUUCGAUUCUCUACAUGAAGCGCGGCGAACGCUUGACGACCUUCUCAACCGGCCUGCGAAUUCCGCCAAAAUCUUUGACGAGCAGCGGCGCAUCCUGGCUGACAUGACACUCUGGCGCCAGGCGUACAACGCCACGAUCCCGCGAUUCGACACGGAGGCAUCGCGCAAGGACAAAUUCGGGCUCCUGUUCCUGCGAGUGUACUUCGAGAUGGGCAUGAUUAUACUUUGA